AGUUCUAAAAUAAUAUAUUUUUAUAAUUUUUUUCAUAUAUAAAAAUACAGAUAUUAAUUGUCAAAUUAUUACAUUUUAAAACUCUGAAAAAGUGAAAGGAGAAAGAUAAACAAAGGAGAGGGCUCUUGAAUUGUGUUACGCCUUUAAAUUGCUUUCAUUUGGCCGUCUUUCCGCAACACUUCACAUUUGCCUUUCGGAUUGGGGAGGAUCGGCGCUGUAAUGGAGCGUCCGACUUUCGGCGGCGGCGACGGCGGCCAAGGUAACAGCACGAAGAAGGUGAGGAAGUUGCCGAGCCCAAAGGAGAUGGUUGCCCACUACGAGGCCAAGGGUUUGGGCGCCGAAGAAGCUUCGCUCAAAGCAAUCGAAGAUCUCCAGAACCUGCUCUUCAAAAUGGCCGUGAAUUCCGGAGAAAAAGGCUCCGCCGCCGCCGCCGCUACGUCGAGGAAGCUGGACUCGAUGAGCUCGAGGUUGAUCAGCCUGGACAUGAAAUUGGACUCGAAACCUAGCUAUCCCCAGACGCUCGCCAUCGGGGUGGCUUCCGGCGCACUUGUACAACUCUUCCCUCACUUCGCCGGAGCUGUCGCCGGAAUCUGGAAUUCCGUUCGCUCUGUUACCAAAUCUAAUCCGUGACUCUUCCUUCUUCGUUUGAAUUGUUGAAUGAGCAAUUAUUUGUUUUGAUUUUGUUUUUUGUUCCGAAUGAUUUUGUGCUCGUUUUGAUUAUUACGAUUAUUACUCCGUAUUUUUUGGUAAUUCAGAUGAGAAAUUAAUUAAUUAAGAAUAAUGUGUCCUCAAGUUU